GUGGUAAGAAGACCCGCAGCCUGCUCGACCUCAACCACACCUCGGCGGCGGCGCCGCGGCCGCGGCCCGAGCACGCCCUCCACGUACCCCAGUCGCCCGUCGGCGCUACGCACAGGAACCCCCGCGACGACGUCGCGUCCGCUGCAACGUCCGCCAUCCACCAACGGCCCCACAAGUCCAUGGAGUUCCUCCUCGACAAGGAAAACCUGCACUUCGUCAAGAUCGGCGAUCGCUCCUGACGCGUCUCUCAGGAGAUUCCCGUCCUCCAUUAUAGAUCGAGAAGUGGCCUCAGCACGAUGACGGCGGCUCACGAGGUCAUUAAUAGCGCGGCGUGUCGAAUUUUGAUCGAGAACGCGGCGAGGAGCUGCGACGAGGACUUCGUCGCAUCGACCUUCGCGCAGCCACCGGAAAAUGAGCUGCAGAAAGUGGGCGAGCGCGUGCCAAGCGAGCACGAGCUUAGGGUGCAGCGAUCGUUGCAGCGGCUCAAUGUGCCCGACUGGUACAAGAAUUCACCCGCUGCCCGCGACGGCUUCCGGCUGAAGAGGCACUCCGACGCAUCACAACACGGAGGAUGGCGUGCCCUCGGCUCCAAAACAACCUCCCUGUCGUCUCUCUCGUCGUCUUCCAAUCGACAGCCGACCACAGGUGUCCUUCUCAGUCCCAGUCCCACGCCUCCCGUAUUCUCGAGAUGGAGCACCAGCUUGCUGAACAGCGCCGGCAGUUCACCCGCGAGUUCGGCCAGGUCAUCCUUCAAUCAUCGACAGCCCUACUUGGGCUGGCGUUCGCAGGAACGGCUGGCCAACCCGCGGACACCGGCGGAACGUCUUGCUCAGGGUAUUCUUCCCCAGCUGCAGGCCGCAAACAAGCAACAGCAGCAGCAGCAGCAACAGCAACAGACAACGAAUCAGCAACUGGAGGUACGGAACUCGAUAAAGGAAGUGACAUCGGCCAUCGUGCACUACGUGCAGAGCGGUCAAGAGGUCGGCGGAGGCGGUGGCGGCCGACUGUCGCCUCGAUCUCGACCUGAAGAUUGGGAUGAGAGGGGCGGUGCGAGGUCUACCAGCCCCAGAGGGAGCGUGAAGCUGUGCUGGAUGGAGAGCUCGUUCGUCGGCACGCGACCCGUGGAUUCGCCGGAGACGCCUAUGAGCCUGGCGACCGAUCAGGAGGCCGGCGACUGCUGCAACGCGGCCGGCACCGAGUCUUGUAGCUGCCAGGACUCGGCCGCAUCCGGCCUCUACCUGGAUCUGACGCCCAGCCGGGAUGACGUGCGUCAUCAGCACCAUCAGACGUCCUCGGCCGGCCCGUCGCCCACGUCCUCCUCUAACUAUCAUCAUCAUCAUCAUCAUCAUCAUCAGCGUCAUCAGCAUCGCCAGCAUCAGCAACGUCAUCACCGUGGAUCGGGCCAGAGCGAUACGGACGAGGCGAUGGCGACGGCAGCUCUUCUGCGGAACAAACCGAGCCCGGGCUCCACGACCCUGGAGGACGUACUUGACUCCCUCCUGGGGCUGCCACCCGCGUCGCGUACCCCGAGUCCUGGCCCGGGGGGACCCGUCGUGACCGCCACGUCCGCCAUCCGCCAUCGCCAUACGAACGCCGCCGUCGGCCAGGCGAAAGCCGGGAAGAGCUGCAGCGACCUACGCCAAGACCUCCAAGAGUCCGCUAAGAGCGUGAUGGACGUCCAUCAGGCAUCUGUUGACGAUCAGCGCAACUUCUAUUCCGGCGAGCUGGUCAGACGGAAGAGCGAGGGUAGCGACACGCUGCCGGCCUCACGAGCCGCGUAUUGCUCACGUGAAUGCCGAAGGGCUCAUUGGCAACGUCAUCGCAAGACCUGCCUUCAUUCGCGAGCUGGCAGUCUCUGCCGCCAGGUGCUGUCCUCGGCGAAGGAGGACUCGUUGACCUUGAAGCACAUCUCCGCCCUCGCCAGACGGGGUUACGCCGCUCAUGGUCGCGGCGCAGUCAAGUGCUUCUUUUCGAGCCCUGAAGCGGCCGAGCGCUUCGUCGGCAACGGCUUCGCCGAUCUAGGCGAACCCACUUAUGUGCGUUGGUCGGACUUGCUUCCGGGCGAGAUGGGCGCCGAGCUGUACGCCGAGCUGAUGCGCCUCUGCAAGACGUACAAUCCAGAAGCGCGGCUAGUACUCUACGUGGCGGUCUGCGUGGUCAGCGAGGUGCCAACUAGUGGUGCGGUCAGAUGGGAACGGCAACUGGUAUCCAGAUGCGCGAAAAUCAGACUCGACGGGGCGGCCAAGCAGCACGCUUCCUCCUCUUCGGCGUCACCGCAAGCCAGGAGGAGGCUGUCGCAACAGGCACCCGCGUCCCCUUGCAACAUCACCAGAGAGAUGGAUUCGCCCGAGACCCUUGUACUGACAUCACUACCCGGUAACAACGGACAAAAUACACCACGAAGAUCGCGAGAGAUCAGUUUCACGAAUAUCCAACGACAGCUCAGGCUCAGGGGAGUCUCCUUGAGGAGACACUUUCCCCAGGUCUACAGGAAGCUCUGUUCCUACGUGGACGGCUCGGUGGAUAAAUUCGCGCCGGUGACCAUCUAUCCCAGGGAUCAAGCAUCAGGCAAGAGCUUCAUGUGUAUCAUCAUGCUGGACGCGGAACCUGAACGUCUUCAACUAUUGCCCACGGACUCGUCCAGGGUGAGGACAGUGGACAUUAGCGUGGAGCAAGAGUGAGUCCAGAUCGUGUCCAGACAGAAAGAGGUUUGAGAAUUGAGAUAGCUCAAGACACGUCGCUCAGGAUUUUCCUCAGGUUCACGGGAGGAGAGUUGCACGGGAGGAAAUAUUGCAAAAGAGUGACGGCUACUGACGUUAGCCGGUGGCAGGGCAAGAAUGAAGAUCACAUUGAAGAAAUAGAAAUCAAGAGAAUAGCGAGAGAUAGCGCUCGGAAUUUUUCUCAGGUUCUCAAACAAAAAAGAUAUCAAUCAUACCUUGGGAUGGAUGCUUUUAGGUUGAAGACGACUUUAUCAGUUGGCGGAGUAAACUCGGAUAAUGUAAAAGUUUGAAAGAUGUCCUAAUUUUGUCAGACGUCUUUUGAAUGUUUAUAUCGUCUGGGAGAAUGUUGCGUGUCUAGGUAGAAGUAUCUAGAUGAAAAUAUCGACGAAAAAAUGAAUCUAGUAAAGCUCGACAUUUGAUGUCAGCUUGGAUUCGUUACAUAUGUAAACGAUUUCACAUAUAUGUAAACAACACACACACACA